ACAUCGAUUACUUCACUGUUUUCAUUUUCAGUAUCUGAUAUAUAUAUAUAUCUCCAGCAAGUCUUGGUUUCCCAUUCCCAUUAACCGAAUACAGUGAAAACUAUAGUUGGUAAAAUUCAACCUAGUUAAUUGACUCAAAUGGAUUUGAUUUCUGAUGUAUUACGCAUAAAAUUGAGAGGAAAUCAACAUCGCCUUCUUUAUUUUGACGAAGAGUUGAAAUAUUUACAGAACAUUAUCACAUCGACAGUUUUAAAAGGUGAAAGUAGCUCCAUACUGAUAAUUGGUAGAAGAGGUGUUGGCAAACAUCAUCUAAUCAAAGAAGCAAUAAAGAAAGCAAAAGAAAACCCAAAUAUUGGCUCUGGGAUUUCUGAAGUUUACUUAAACGGUUUGAUUCAUACAGAUGACCGUUCUUCUAUGAAAUCAUUAGCAAAACAGUUACAUAAUGAAGCUCUACUAGAUAAUCUCGUUGGUCAAUCAGACAAUAAUCCAACUUCUGAUUUUCAUAAUAGUAUAAAAAGUUUGCCUUUCUCUCAACAACUCAAUUUAUUUUUAAAUGAGGUCCAUCGAAACCAUGGAACUCGAAAAGCUGUUCUAGUUGUCCUGAGUGAAUUUGAUCUUUUUGCUUUACAUCAUAAUCAGUUAUUGUUGUAUAAUUUAUUCGAUUGUUGUCAAUCUCCGGAAUCUCGUAUUUGUGUUAUUGGACUAACAUGUCGUUUAGAUAUUAUGGAAUUAUUAGAAAAACGAGUUAAAUCAAGAUUUUCACAUCGUCAAAUUUAUCUUACAUCACCUGCAGCACCAAUUAAGAAUACCGAUUCUUAUGCAUCUGACGACAAUACUAACAAUAAUAAUACAAGAUCUAAACCAUUUAAACAAUUUUGUGAAAUUUGUAAACAUCUAUUAAGUGUUGAUAUUAAUGAUUUGCCAUCAUACUUACCAUCCUUGUUGUGUAAAUCCAAAUCGAAAGAGUAUCAUGACUUAGAGUUAUUAAUUAUCUCGUGGAAUAACCAUAUUGACAAAUUAAUGCAUGAUGAAAUUGUUAUUGAUUCAUUAAGACAAGCAUGGUCUAUUUCAGUGAGCAUUAGACGAUUAAUCAAUUUGUUGAUUCCAAUAGUCGCUUCACUUGGACCUGAACACGAUCGAAUUGAACCAGUACAAUUCAUAGAAUCUUUGUGUACAUUACAACAAGAUUCAAAGCUCACUGCUCUAAAAGGUUGUUCCGUAUUGGAGCUAUUUUUGAUUACUGCUAUGGUCAAGCUUCAAGAUAGGAAUGAUGGAAAACCGGUUAAUUUUGAGAGUUUGUAUUCUGAAUAUUUAAAGUUUUGUCGUUCCAGUUGUCCAAGUCAUAUAUAUGAUAAACCGGUUAUUAUGAAAGCAUUAGACAAUUUAAUCGAUUUCGAACUGAUUAUAUCUGGUAAAGCUGCAAUCACUGCAUCUUCUAGUUUAUCCACUGCUGGAUCUAACUGUAAAACUAGUUGGAGUUCAUCGUCUGUUUUACCAAAUUAUCGUCCAUUAUUUUGUUAUGUAGACAAUGAUAUUCUCACUGCUUGUUUAGAUACUUAUCCAAAUUGUCCAGUUGAAUUGCGGCAUUGGAUACAUUCAAGAACGUUUUGAUUGAUUUCUGUUAUUUUGUUUUCACAUCCUUUUCUUCUAAGAUGAUACUGAAGUGCAGUUGUACAAAUCCAU